AUGCCUCCCCAGACAAAACCCCGCAGAUUUCUCCCCGAGCCAGUGGAGGAAACUGUCCGGAGGUCUGGGAAGCACAACGUUGAGCAUGUAGAAGACCCCAUGGACAUUGAUGGGCCCACUGGAUCCUCGAGUCAAGAUUCUCAAUGCUCCCACUUCGACGAUCCUACACUGCCUGGCGCCCCAAACAGCAGACCCUUGGCCACAAGAAGACGCUUUGUACCUGAGCCGGUAGAGACUACCAUACACAGUUCAAGAAGAAAGUUCGUCCCUGAACCCAUCGAAACAAGUACGCGGACGAGCAAGGACAAGGAGAAGCCUCAAGACGAAGCAUCCUCCAAACCUCGCCGGAGAUUUGCCCCAGAGCCUGUUGAGACCUCCACAAGAAGUAACAGGGACAAGAAGUCGGAGGACGCAGAAAACACUCGUCCUCGUCGAAAAUUCGCUCCAGAAGCUAUCGAAACCACAUCCACCUCAAGGAGAAGACGUGACACGGAUUCGGACGACCCCGGUGAAGAACCUCCAACUGCUGGCUCAAUUGGCUCAAGCAGGUCCUCGUCAGGACCGCGCAAGUGGCAGCCGGAGCUGUUAGAAACCGCCAAAGGUUCCUACCGACGCGUACAUCCCCCAUCUCCCAAGGAAUCUAAAGAGUCCCCUCCAAGCCGGCCCCCACCGGCACCCUUAUUGAAAAUGGAUGUGGUUGACGUGGAACCCAAGGUUGAAGAGUCGCGCUUUUCUGCUGCUGCUCUGGCUCGCAGGAAUCCCGAAGCACAGCGCCAGCAUUCGUUCCAGGUGCCAGAUCUGCCUAUGAUAGAGUCAACGACGGAAGAAGAUGAGUCAGACGAAACUCCAUCGCUAAGUGACUCUCCGUCUUCAACAGAGGCAGAACAUCUCAGAAAAGACACCAAUCGGACUCCUGCUGCACAAGACAGCUAUACCGAGUAUGUACUUCGGUUGGCCGCUGAUACAGUGACCGAGAAAGAGUUACAAGAACAGGCCAUGGCUGCCUAUAUCAACGAACGGCCACAUGAGCCCGUGGAUCAUUUCGCCAUAGAGGAGGACGAAGAUGGGCCGCUUCCUGUGCCGAUGUUCCAUGGUGAGAAGGGUACCGAUGCCCGCACUUUCCGACGAUCCUCGGCCGCAGAAUUGACCUUGGAGCUCGAGGGUAUGCGGAAACACCAUGAACGACUGGAGAAGGGAAAACAAAAAGUGAAAUCAGACACCGUUGGGGCCAGCCGAUUCAGCGCCGCGGCUCUGACAACACGGCAUAAGCUAGAAGCCCAGUCAACUAAGAAGCCAAAGAAACCUAGGGCUCUCGAUGAAGAGACUGAACUUGCAAAGAUGAUGGCUGCUGCUACCCCACCAAUGCUGGGGAAAGACCUCACGUUCCCUUACACGAUAUCGCCCAAGAUGACACGGUGCGAUCCUGACCAGCCACCACGACCGCGUAACGCCGAGGAUAGUCACGCUGAAGUUUGUCCAGGUAGCCCACAUCUCUGGAUUUCUGACACAAGACCCAACUUAGACACAGGUGCAGGUCUGUGGAUGGGUAUGUGUCAGGGUGCAAUGUGGCAACCUUCGAGUGCGCAGAACGGGUUGCGCAGUGGACUUCAAACACCCGCCCCACAGACUCCGGCACGAGAAAUGCACAAUCCCUUCGAGGCCAUGUUCUCGGGGAAUUCGUCGACGCCGGGUCGAGGGACACUGACCCCUGCGAUUCGACGACGGCCAGCGUCGGGAAUAUCCUUUCUUCCUCUAACACCGCCUCGCAGUCAAGACGGGGACGACUUCACCAACACGAUUGAUAGGAAAUUGCAGCUGGAGAAGAAAAUCGAGGAAGAAUUCCCACCAGGCGUCAUCACGCAGAUCUACAACUAUUUGAGUCUUGGAUACCCUAGUCUUGCACAUAUGUUUGAUGAGGAGUUGAGCAAGAUCAGCAGGGUACCUCUGGAGGAAUUGCGGAAGGAUGACUACCUUGUCGAUGCCAAGGGUUAUGUCGGCGCUCCUGAGGGUGACGGCGCUGAAGAACGUGAAGUCAUCGGUGGCAAGUGCAAACGCUGGGAGGCUCUGAGGUUAUAUGUGCAUGAAUGGGCUCGGCAGAGUCCGAAUUUUGCGGAUGAUCGUCGGCGUGCUGCUCUUGGGGCAAACGAAGAUUGGGGAGCGAGAGCAAGGAAGGGUAGUUGGGGUCAGUAA